GAGAAACAUCUCCUGUGCGAGCCAGUCGGACGUUACCUCUGCAGUGGGAACGCAAUGGAGACCUGAAUACUUUUAAUUCCAACCUCUUUACCCCCGGGAAAGAAUCAUAACAACCACAGUGUUGCACAGUAUCUUAUUUAUUUUAGGUGCAACGGGGCGGAGCAGCGAUGUGGAUACAAAUUCGCACUAUUGACGGGAAGGAGACCCGAACCGUGGAGGAUCUUUCUAGAUUGACCAAAAUUGAGUCUUUACGCUUGAAAAUACAGGACAUUUUCAACGUGAGCCCGCAGCAGCAGCGUCUAUUCUACCGAGGGAAGCAGAUGGAAGAUGGCCAGACACUAUUUGACUACAACGUUGGUCUCAAUGACAUUGUCCAGCUGCUGAUCCGUUCCCACACAGACCCUCCUGAUGGUCUGGCCCCUAAGACCCCCUCGGAUGAAGCAUGUGCACCUACUCCAGAAACUGGCUCUAUGACCGAAAGCCAUAACUCUCCUGCUCCAGUCUCCCCUGUUGCCAUGGAGUCGUCCACCAGUAUAACCUCCACCAACAACAAUAACAGCAGCAGCAGCAGCAGCAACAGCAACAGCAACAACAGCAACAGCAACAACGAAACCACCAGCACCCCUUGUAACACAACACCAGUCAUCCUUGAAUCCAGAGACUCUACUAGUACCAAAAAUGGGCUCAAGCCUUCUAGUCCAGCACAACUGGACAACCAACCUCCAACAUCGAGCAAGAGUCUACUAAUUGACCCAGGAAUAGGAGUGUACAAAAUAAACGAGCUGGUGGACUGCAAGGACGUAAGCAUCGGUGCCUGGUUUGAGGCCUGUGUGGAAAACGUGACAAUGGCGCCCAUUAAAGCCAGGGUGGGACGACCACCCAAAAAGCCCCAAAAUGGGAAGCUAGACGCUGAGCAAAUCACGGACACUAACAGGAAUAUUGUGCUAAACACGGACAGUAACGGAGCCUCCACCUCUCAGACAGACUCUGCAGCCCAAUCCAAGAACAGAGAAGAGGAGGUCCUUUAUCACAUUAAAUAUGAAGACUAUCCAGAGAACGGGUUGGUGGCGAUACGGCCCAUGUAUGUGCGACCACGUGCCAGGAGGACACUGCGAUGGGACGAGCUCUACGUGGGCAUGCACGUGAUGGUCAACUACAACAUGGAGACCCCGGAAGAGAGGGGCUUCUGGUUCGAUGCAGAAGUCCAGGCUCUCAACCAAACGUCCCGCACCAACAAAGAGCUCCGAGUCAAGAUCCUACUGGGAGGUCCAGAUGACGUGAUUGCCGACUGUAAGAUCCAGUUUCUGGAGGAGGUCUACAACGUGGAGAAACCUGGAGCUCCGCCUCUCUCGGCUGCAGAUGGACAGUUUAAACGUAAAAGUGGACCUGAAUGUAAGCACUGCAAGGCAGACCCGGAUUCAGAAUGUCGCUUCUGCUCCUGCUGCGUCUGCGGGGGGAAGCAGGAUGCUCACAUGCAGCUGCUGUGUGAUGAGUGCAACAUGGCGUUUCACAUCUACUGCCUCAAUCCGCCGCUGUCCACCAUCCCAGAGGACGAGGACUGGUACUGUCCAACCUGCAAGAACGACACCAGCGAGGUUGUGAAAGCAGGAGAGAAACUCAAAGCCAGCAAGAAAAGAGCCAAGAUGCCAUCGGCGACCACUGAGAGCCAAAGGGACUGGGGAAAGGGCAUGGCCUGUGUGGGGCGAACAAAGGAGUGCACAAUUGUUCCUUCGAACCACUACGGACCCAUACCUGGUGUACCUGUUGGGACCACCUGGAAAUUCAGAGUUCAGGUGAGCGAGGCUGGAGUUCACAGGCCUCAUGUCGGAGGUAUCCAUGGGCGAAGUAACGACGGCUCAUACUCCCUGGUUCUGGCUGGAGGCUUUGAGGACGAAGUGGACCGAGGAGACGAGUUCACCUACACCGGCAGCGGAGGGCGGGACCUCUCAGGAAACAAGCGGAUCGGCGAGCACUCUUUUGACCAGACCUUGACCCACAUGAACAGAGCUUUGGCGUUAAACUGCGACGCCCCUCUGAAUGACAAGGAUGGAGCCGAAUCCAGAAACUGGCGAGAGGGGAAACCUGUGAGAGUCGUGCGCAGCUCCAAAGGCCGACGUAUCAGCAAGUACGCUCCCGAAGAGGGAAACCGAUAUGACGGCAUCUACAAGGUGGUGAAGUACUGGCCAGAGGUGGGGAAGUGCGGCUAUCUGGUGUGGCGGUAUUUGCUGAGACGGGACGACCAGGAACCAGCACCGUGGACCCCUGAAGGACAGGAGCGGAUAAAGAAACUGGGGCUCGCAGUUCAGUAUCCUCCGGGCUACUUGGCAGCCAUGGCAAACAAAACAAAGAAAGAGGCCAUCGCCAGACCUGGGCAGGGCGGCCGGAAGCCUUACAGCGGGAGGGGGAGGCCUCGGAAAGCACGCAAGAGUAAGGACAAAGAAGAAGACGAGGAGGAGGAAGAGCCCAGUGAGCACCUGAUGGCCUGCAUCGAUGACGACGAAGUGGAGAGCGACGGGGAUCUGAAGCCGAGCCAGGAGAGCGGUGGGCUUCUCUUCAAAUGUGAAUUUCGUGAGCAAGAUGGAGCAGAUCUUCAUGUGUGUGUGCUGCCAGGAGCUGGCCUACCAACCCAUCACCACCAUCUGCUCACACAACGUUUGCAAGAGCUGCCUCCAGCGCUCGUUCAGAGCUCAGGUCUACACGUGUCCCGCCUGCCGCCACGACUUGGGCAAAGACUAUGUCAUGACCCAGAACAAGACGCUGCAGUCGCUGCUCGAUCAGUUCUUUCCCGGCUACAGCAAAGGCCGAUGAGGUCGCGACCAAGUACCACACAAACACUCGCACAUCGGCAUCCGUUCUGUGAAUAUCACGUAUACUGUCACCAAACUUUGCGCACACGUUCUGUAACUUCCUUGCGGGCAAUUGUUGAUUGCGUAUACAGCCAUUUAUGUAAACAAUCAUUCACACACAAACAACCUCAGUCGGGUCGGACCUCAUUUGUUGAACUCGGACUGUCUCCAUUGACAUCACCAGCCGCAGAUUUAAAGUUAGUUUUUGUUUUCGCCGCCUCCACAGACGGAAAUCGACAUCAGUCAAAUAUUAGGGAAGGAGUUGACUGCGCUUGUUUUCUAUUGAAGCACUUAGAUCCCUGCCAACCAGAGCGAGUUUCACCUGACUGCAGACUCAUUAUCCUCCUCCCUGGAUGAAUCCCAGCUCCUAAUCUGACAACAAAGAAGCACAGCCCCAAAAGGGAAAAGGUCCUUAAAUAUGAGAGAAAAUGCCUCUUUAAACGCUGACAAAGCAGUGUGUCUGGUUUUCCUUUAUCUAUCUCUCCACUGACAUUCGCAGAAGGCACCAUGCUGAUGUUCCCGUGUUGCCAAGCAACCAAAAUCCACACUUAUAAAAUUUCUGCUUUUGUUUUAUAAUAGUCUCUGAGCGCUUCACAGCUCGAGUUCUGGCUCCAAACCCAGGUUUAGACUGAAGACCAAAUUAGACUUCACAUCUCUUCGGUCGGGUUUACUCAACCCAAAAUGAAAAGGAUCUUAAGAGAGUGUGAGAUGGAGCUGUGUAUCUUCAGUGUGAGGACAAAUGAAGUGAAGGUUUGUUCACUAAGCAGCGCUGGAACUCAACUGCUCAGAAGACGUCAGUGGAGAACUGAGUAAAGUGGUGCACCAGCUGUUAGUGGCUGUCGUGUUGUUUAAAAUGAACAUGACGGUUUUAACUCAGCUUUUGGAGUUUCGCCAGUCGGAGUUGCGUUAUCGGUAGAAACAAAAAAAAGAUGAUGUAGAAUUUUAGUUGAAAGUUCAAAGUUUGAACUUGAAUUUGGUCAAUACAUGAAGGUCACUAAAUGUUUCAAAUUUAGCGCAUUUGUUUCAAAUUUGAUUCAAGGUGCCGUGUUAUGGUUCUUUCGUCAGCCAUUGCUUCAAAUGUGAAGAUGACUUGACUUGGUUCCUCAGGCUGCAAUAGAACUUUAUCUGUGUUCAUGCAUUCUUGGGUCACCUACACUGUUUGAAAAGUCCACCUUGAUUUCAUCUCCUUUGGCACUUCUUUCUCUUUUGUGUUUUAUAUUUAGCACUUGAUGAACACUUUUAUUAGAAUGUAAUGUUUUAGAGCAUUUUAACUGCUCAGUACCACUUAAUGUUAAACAAUAUCAAUAAACAAAUAUCACUUUAACAAAUAAAAAUAAAGGUGCUUGUUUGAAACUCUGCCGAUGUGCAAGUAGGUUGGUUAACUGUAAUUUUUUCAGACAAUCAAGCAGAUUUAUAUACAAUAUGACAUAUGAAGUGUUGAUUUAUCACACAGGCUGUCGCCUCGCUAUUGUUGACAUUGACUUGCUUCAUAAUUCUCAGAGUUGCUUCUUGUUUUUUCUUGCCGUUUUAUUAGUUGUUUCACUACAACUGGAGGUUUAUUUGCCGCAAUACUUGUUUGGUAGUUGCAGGGUUGGCAGGUUUCUACGGAGCUCAGAAUUGAAUCUGGAUUUGGCUGCCAGCAGCCACACUGACCUUUGACCCCUCGUGAGAGCUAUUUGUUAGUGACGGAUUCUCAUUGGUUCACGUGGAGGCCGGUUCAUCAGAGACUCCCGUUUUCCUCGGUCGGCUGUGUUUGUUCAUGGUGACGUUUCUCAUUCAGGAUUUUGUUUUGACUCACGAUCAACCAUCGUCUAAGCUAAAUGUGAUGUACACGACUUCCUGCAUCGACUGGCGAGCCGGUAGUUCCUCUCCUCCGCUGUGACUGUAGCUUCGUCUCCCUGUGAACCAACAGUAACUGACCAUCGUAGUCGUCUCGUGGACGCUUGGCUUCAGCGCUUCUUCUACUUCUUCUUCUUAUUGCACUCUGCUGAAGGAAUGUCUCAUUUUGCUAAUAAACCUCUCAUCUUUUUUUAGUUUCCCUUUUCCAGUUUUAAUCCCAUUUUAUGUUUUGACCUCAAAUGUUCGCAGUCGCUCUGAGGAGUUCCAUCGCUUCAUGUUGUGAUCAGAAAUUUUAUACAUGUCAUAAUUAAUACUUGAUAUGAAGCUAAUAAAUAUUUGGAUUCCACUUCACGUU